AUGAUUAUGAAGCAUAACUAUCCAUUCUCACCACCCAGCGAUAACGAUUCCCCAUCGAUCAAGACUACCAGUACUCCGGAGACCAAGAAAUCACAUGUUAUCAUGGCAGAUGAGGGAGCCCGCCCGUUGACAGAGAAUCCCACCAAAAUCCAAGGAGCAUUACGACGAACCCGAGCACCUCCUCGCAACGAACAUGGCCAGAUGUACUGUGACCAUAUCAACUGCCGCGGGAGGAGUCAGACCUUCAAAAGAGUGUGCGAAUGGAAUAAGCACAUGGAUAGACAUGAGCGACCUUAUAAAUGCCGUGAGGCUGGCUGUGAACUUAACCCAGGAUUUACCUAUUCGGGCGGGCUGUUGAGACAUCAACGUGAAGUGCACAAGAUGCAUUUGUCGACGAAACAACCUCUCUUCUGUCCGUUUCCAAACUGUAAUCGAAGUUCAGGCACUGGUUUCACAAGGAAGGAGAACCUCGAGGAGCAUAAGCGGAGGAGGCACUUGGAGGAAUUGUCCGACCACGCCUCAAACCGAGCGCCGUCGCAUCCUCUAGCAACGAUGCCGACGAUACCACAAGAGAACCCCGUUAAACGAAGACGGGUUUCGACAUCUAUAGAUGGAGGAUUUGGCCAAGGGCAACGGUCUGAAAAUGAGGUGGCAACCGAACCCAACGACGUCGCCUCCUCUGAGAUCCUCCGUCUGCGAGAAGAACUUCGUCAAAAGGACGAGUAUAUUCGACGACAAGCCGCAGAACUGCAUCGCCUGCAAAAUCUUCUGCGCUCAUUGCCACCCCAAGCAAUCUAUGGAGUUGUGCAGCCUCGGCAGCCUGGAAGUGGCGUUGGUUGA